AUGGCGUCGAAGCAGGCGGCGGCGGGCGAAGCCCUUGCGGCCCAAAUCAAUGGCAUGUCCCGCUCCGAGAUGUACGACAUGAUGUCCAAGAUGAAGACCAUGAUCGACCACGACCAGGAGACGGUGCGCCGCAUGCUCGUCGACAACCCGGACGUCACCCGGGCGCUCUUUCGGGCGCAAGUGGUCCUUGGAAUGGUGAAAACACCAAAAACUGCACAAUCUUCAGACAUGGUCCCACCCACAGCAGUGCCAACAGCACCUCCCUCAGUCAAAACUACUGCACCAGAUCAUGUCAGCUUGCCUCCACCCCCAUUACCUGCUAACCAGCAGAGUGUUGCUCAACUUUCUGCCCCGUUUCCAUCUGGCUUGUCUAAUGUGGGAUCGACCAUGGACAUUCCUACUAUUUCAGCAAACCCGCCACAACCAACACAACCAAAAGGCUACCCUAUCCAUCAGAUGCCUUCAUCAGCUCCUCAGCCAUCUCAACAUCCAAAUAUGGCCCUGCCUCAUGCUCCUCCACAGUAUUCCAAUCUUCCAUCACAUAUACCUAUAGUUCAUAGUCAGCCACAGCAACCUUUGCAAAGUCCUGCAAUAUAUAAUCAACAGUUGCAACCACCUUUGCCCCAAAUGUCUAGGCCACUAUCUAUGCAGUCCUUUGCUCAUCAGAUGCAUCCACAAGUACCAAAUUCAUUUGGGUUGACUCAUGCAAAUGCUCCGCAGCACAUGUUACAACAACCGAUGUUUCAUCCAGGUGCGAAUCCUCAAACUAAUUUCCUUCCUGGCCAACCACCAUUGCCUAGCCAGCCACCACCACAGCAGCUGUAUCAGGCUAGUUCACACUACAAUACACAGGGUACGACUCCAAUGGGAGUUGAUAGGUCAGCUCCCUGGGGACGGGCCCCAGAAGCUCCCACUUCUGGCUCUCAUUUCCCUGGACAAUUACCUGGGUUGCCCGGACAAAUGGCCCAAGGAAUUGGUGGUAUCCAGGCAGGCCAAGCACCUCUGACACCUGAGAUGGAAAAGAUGCUAGUCCAGCAAGUCCUGGGCAUGUCCCCUGAGCAGAUUAACAUGUUGCCUCCGGAACAACGGCAACAGGUUCUUCAACUACGAGACAUGCUACGGCAAUGA